UUGCUCAGCUGACUGGUCAGUUGACUGGACUGGACCGUGCGCAACACUACAACUUUCACGUUGCUUUAACAGAGCAGAAUGGCUGCUCUUGUGAAGAUUGGGGUUUUGAUUUUGAUAGCCGCUGCUGUGUGCCAGGGAUAUCAAGACAUUUAUGACUUCGACGGCAAGAAACUACAAGACACGGACUAUGUUUCUUUGUGGCCAUUGCCCCAGAAGGUCCAGUCGUCCGCAACCGCGUUCAAGCUGAGCAGUGUCAACUUCCAGAUCAUCCAUGCCAAAGGGUCAUCAGCAGGGUCCAGCUGUAGUAUUCUGCAAACUGCAUUUCGCAGGUAUUUUGAUUACAUAUUCGGCUACAAGAAGAAACAAAACACCAAAUGGGAACCAAAGAAGACGUUUGGCGAAGCAGUGACCCAGCUCCAAGUACUCAUCACGUCGACCGACUCCGAGUGCGAUGGUUUCCCCGAUCCCAAAGCAGACGAGUCAUAUGAGCUGAGUGUGGACCAACCAGCUGCCAUGCUCAAAGCCUCAAAGGUGUGGGGAGCCCUGAGAGGCCUGGAGACCUUCAGCCAGCUGGUGUACGAGGACGAGUAUGGAAGUAGGAACAUCAACAAGACUGAGGUUUCAGACUUCCCCCGCUUCGCCCAUCGAGGGAUCCUAUUGGACACAUCGCGCCACUACGUGCCACUCAAAGUCAUCUUGGCCAAUCUGGAUGCCAUGGCCUGGAACAAGUUCAAUGUGUUCCACUGGCACAUUGUGGACGACAAUUCCUUCCCCUACAUGAGCCGCACCUUCCCUGACCUCAGCCAGCAGGGGGCCUAUCACCCGUACACUCACGUGUACACCCCCUCGGACGUGAAAAUGGUGAUCGAGUUUGCUCGCAUGAGGGGCAUCCGGGUCAUUCCAGAGUUUGACACCCCGGGACACACACAGUCGUGGGGCAAAGGCCAGAAGGACCUGCUGACGCCCUGCUACUCGGGCAGCACCCCGAACGGCAACUACGGGCCCGUCAACCCCAUCCUCAACUCCACCUACGAGUUCAUGGCAGACUUCUUCAAGGAGGUCAGCACCGUCUUCCCAGACGCCUACGUCCACCUUGGGGGAGACGAGGUCGACUUCACCUGCUGGAAAUCAAACCCUGACAUCACUAAGUUCAUGGACGACCACGCUUUUGGCCGAGACUACAGCAAACUGGAGUCCUAUUACAUCCAGAGACUCCUGGACAUCGUCAGCACCACCAGCAAGGGCUACAUGAUCUGGCAGGAGGUGUUUGACAACGGUGUCAAGAUAAAGCCGGACACGCUUGUGCACGUGUGGAUCUGGUGGGGGGAGGGUGGCUACAAGGCGGAGCUGGGCCGGGUGACCUCCGCUGGGUUCCAGACCCUGGUGUCCGCCCCCUGGUACCUGGACCACAUCUCCUACGGCCAGGACUGGCAGAACUACUAUAAAGAGGACCCACAGGACUUCAACGGUACUGAGCAGCAGAAGAAGCUUGUGAUUGGUGGAGAGGCUUGCCUCUGGGGAGAGUAUGUCGAUGCAACCAAUCUCACACCUCGCCUCUGGCCGCGUGCCAGCGCGGUGAGCGAGCGUCUGUGGAGUGACAAGAGCGUGAGGGAUGUUAACGACGCCUACAUUCGCCUGAACCAGCACCGCUGCCGCAUGAUCGAGCGUGGUAUUCCAGCCGAGCCUCUGUUCAGCGGUUACUGUCGUCACGAGUACAAAGGAAACCUAUGAAGACCAAAGUGAGAGCGUGUGAGUGUAUGUCUGUGUACGUGUACGUAUGCACAUACAACAAAAGGGAAGGACAGCCAUUCACAAUGGCUUCGAUGCUGCACAGACCAAUCAUUGAUCAAUACCCAUUCACACAGCGAGACCCCAUCGCAUCUCAUGCACUGAGCCGACCUUUGUUUGUGUUUUUGUUUUUUAAAUGAGUGAGAAUGUGUGUGUGUGUGUGUGUGUGUGUGUGUGUGUGUGUGUGUGUGUGUGUGUGUGUGUGUGUGUGUGUGUGUGUGUGUGUGUGUGUGUGUGUAUAUGUGCUAGUGUCUACCUGCAGAUUACAGAUGCUGUUUCUUAGGUAUGCAUUGAGCGCUGGUCUAGUGUGGGAUUUCUAAAGUCAAGUUUUUAUAAAUCAACUUUGUAUGAUUGUAUUGUUGGCCUGAGAUGCUAGUGAAGUCUUUUAGCAAUGCCAUAAUGUUGAUUCUUCAGGAUGUUGUCUGGAUUACAAUAAAAUGAUUGAGGUGACAUAAAA